GCUUAUCAAAAAUGUCAGAAGAAGAAAAGAUGGAGUCAGCUCACCAACUCUCCAUAAGUGAAAUGAUCAAUGCAAAUGAGUCAAGGAAUUUUAGAGACGGAAUAGCUGUUAGAGUGUCACAAUACAGAACAAAGAAGAAAGAAGAAAAUCUGCAUCAAAGAGAACAUGAGAUAUUAAAUUCUAUCCCUCCCAAUUUCGAUAUUGCGAUGCUUCAUGGAAGGAUAAGUAGGGUCCGUCAGAUGAGUAAAUACGGUCGACUUUCGUCUGAUGAUCUAGUAGUAUCUCAAAAUAAAAUUAAAGACGGUGAUCCAUAUUACUGUCCUUGAUGACACAUUUUGCUUAAGAACAUUGAUUCACCAAAGUACAAACUCAAUGCGAGUGUUUACAGUCUGAAAGAGCUUGGAAUAGGUCUUCCUCUGUACUUCUAUUUCAAAAUUAUGAUUAUUAUUGUUCUCUGAAUUUUAACAGUAAUGGUGACCAUUCCAACUAUGAUUAUUAAUGCUUUGGACUCUAAAGGAGAUGAAUGGGUUGAGGAAGAUGAGAACCCAAACUACUUCGCUAUUGGUGCACAUGGAAAAGAGGCAGAAAACUACAAAGUAGGGACUAAUAUCAACUCAAUAAUCGCUCUCAACACUCUAGGAAUGAUUAUAGUAAUGACUGUUUUCUUACUCUAUUCUCCUAUUAUAACAAAGUGAAAGUGGAUGGAAAAUAAAGAAGAACAAAAUAUCAAAAGGGCUAACUAUUUCACUGCUAUUGUGUAUAGUAUCUCCCUAAGAACUCCUCCUGAAGAUAUUUUGAAAUGGUUCCAGACACAUCAUGAUGUGCCCAAUAAUGCUAAAAUUGUGUACUCUUUCGAUGUUCGAGAAAUUAUUAAAAUAGUUAAGAGAUAUAAAAUAGCCAAAAAUAAUAAACUUUACCUCGAAGCGUAUAGAGACAUGAUUUUAAAGUCCCAAGAGGAUCAGAAAGAGGCUAAACCUUCUUCUAACACAGAUAAAGAUGACAAAGAGCAGCACUAUCAACCUCCUGCAAGGGUAGACUACGGUUGUCUUUGCAAAUCUUGGCCAACUCUAGAAGACACUAACAAAAAACUCAAAAAUUUAGAGGCCAAACUAUCCUUAAACAACCACAAAAACAACCAAUACGAAGCAAAUUUCUGAGGAAUAUAGCUUUUGUGACUUUCAAUACUCAUAAGGAGAGAAAUGACUUUGUAGAGAAGUUCAAAAUGUCGUCAUUCCAAAGAGUGGUAAACUUUGUUAAAGCUAAGAUUUUUAAAUGUAAGAAGCUUCAAAGUGACCUUCACUACGAUUCAAAAAGAAUUAAAGUUGAACCAGCUCCAGAUUCAUCUGAUAUUUAUUGGGAGAACCUUGGAUUUUCAAAAGCAAGGAGACUCAGACGAACUAUCUUGACAUAUUUUAUCACUAUUAUCUGUCUAGGAGCAUCCUUUGGUAUGAAUCUUUCUAUUGGAAUUCUCAAAGAUCACCUUGAGAAGAGAGCAAAGAGUAGUCAAGACAGUUCAAGCUUUAACCACAUUAUCAUAAUGCUUUGAAUAAACAUAGCUAGUUCCUCAAUAGUAGCAGGUAUGAAUUUCAGUAUUGACAAAAUUAUUCGAUUGUUGUCUUUAUUCGAAAGGCAUGAAACCUACACACAGUUUAAUAUCUCAGUGGCUAUUAAGUUAACCUUCGCAAUAUUUGCAAAUACAGGGAUAAUUCCUUUGUUUGUGAAUUUCUCCAAAGAUAAUUGGUUUACUCCAAGCGGGCUUUGCACAGAUAUCUCCUUUAAUAUCCUCGCUUUGUGCCUCAUUGGACCAAUUCUGUAUAUCUUCGAUCCAGUAUAUAUCAAUAAGCUAAUCAAGAAGAAGCUAGAGAUGAGAAAAGGAAUCAGAUCAAAAAUGACCCAGCGUCAAGUUAAUGAACUCUUCGAAGGCGAAGAAUUUGAUAUUGCACAAAGAUAUUCAGUCACCCUCUCUCUUGCAAUGAUAGUGAUGCUAUAUAUGACCAUAAAUCCUUUUAUCUCUGGAGUAGCGAUUUUAGGGUGAAUUUUUCAGUACUGGGUAACAAAAAUAAUGCUUCUCAGAAGACACAACACUCCAAAUAAAUUAGGAAAAGGAUUGGACCAAUAUAUCAGAUCCUUUCUGCCUCUCAUGACUUUCCUCUACUGCUUUGGGCAUUUCUAUACAAUUUAUCGUCUCUCAGAGGGUAAAAAUUACUUGAUAUAUGCUCAAUUUCUGAUUCCAAUAUGCCAUAUUUUCAUUCCUGAAAAACUAAUCCAUUGAAUUUUAUGCAUCAAAAAGGAACAGAAAAAGCCAGAUGCCUCUUUCAAAGAAAGGGCCAAGGAUCCUCUCGAUCGUUACGACCAGUGGAAAUACCAUUAUCUUGAAGAAUCUGGUGAUCAAAAUGAAGAUUCUGAAUGCUCAGAAGAAGAUCUUGAUCUAGCCCUCGAAAAUAUGAGGCGUCAAAACUCAGGAAGUAACAAAAGGAGAUUUAGCAAACCUGUAAUUGACCAAAUUCAAGAAGACGAAAAGGAUCGAGAGAAAGAACCAGAUGUGUAUAGAGAGAAACUUGACCUCAGCCAGCUGAUCAAGUACGGGUUCAAAGAUAUGAAUAAACAUAUUGUGUGGGAUCCCUUGGUCGAGGCAGGAUUUGAUCCGAUGAAAAUGAGGAAGGGAAAUUCAGAAGGUCCCUCAUUGACUAAACGGAAAAUAUCAAAAGGGACCACAUUAAAUCCGAUGAAUUUUGCUAAUAAAGGUCAAAGCAUCAAUCCUACUGCUUUUAUUAGGAGAAACCAAACAAAAGAUUUAAACUCAAGUCAAAUGCUCAGAGACCUUUUGAGUCCACUUUCAAAGAAAAAGAACCAGAAAUCCGGUUUAGGUGGAAAUAUUAAAAUAGCAAAGAAUACUUCUGAACCUUCCAAAAACACUCAAAUUGGUCCAUUGAUUCAACAUAAUGAAAUUAAUAUGUCUAAACUGUCUUCUCAAAACAAAUUAUCAAUGGACAAAAAUAACUCAGGAAAGACUUCAAGCCAUGAAGUUAAAGAAAAUCCAAAAGAUGCUUUAAUGGCUCAAAUCGAAGAGGAGAUAUCUGAAGAGCACUCUUCUUUCCAAAGCUCAUCGGAUUUCUCAAGCUCAUCUAACUCAUCAGACUUAGGAAUUUCAGAGCAAGAUAUUUCAAUACAUAUCCCAGAAGACCAGCAGCAUACAUUGAUCACUCCAGUGGGUCAUCUCAAGACUGAUAAAAUUGGUCAGAAAGACCCAACAACACAAUGCAGUAAUCCUGAUGUGAAUAAUGAACGCCCAAGUUUAUAGACUAGAUCUUGGAGUAUUUUAGAUAUAAUCAUUU